AUGGAACCCAGCUUGAUAAACAACUCGAACUGUUACGAACACAAGAAGUUUGCGUCACAAAAGCGCAAACGAGAUGUGGACCAGAUUCUGGAGCAGAAUAAGGAGAAUAUGUCCACGCAAGAAGCACCGCCGAGCAAGCGUCGCCAGUCGAAGAGCUUCUUUCGCCCCUGGCUGGACAAUGAGCAGAAUAUUGAAUCCUCCGUCUCCAGCAACGAGAGUCAGAAGCGCAGCUCAACGCCAAUCCCACCGGGCGGCAUCUAUCAUGCCAAUAUGGUGCGCCAAUGCCAGUCACCUCGACAACAGCGCAGUCCUAAGGAGCAGCAGCGUCGGGAUCGCAACACCUUGUCCUGUCUGCUCAACCGGAGGGCCAAGCAACUGCAUGAAGCUCACUUGGCACGGCAAUAUGAGCAAUAUCGUGCCCAGCAGGCAGCCAUCCUGGAGCAACAGGUUCGCUUCAGUCUGUACUAUCGCCAGCUGCUGCAGCAGGCGGUCUUCCAGCGGGGAGUCCCAGCUCCCGGCACUCUGCUGCCCCAGCAGCAACAACAGUUUCUACAGCAAAUGGCACUUUCGCAGCAAUUACUGAUCUUUGGCUCCCAACAGUGAU